CCCCCCUCCUGCUCCCCCCUCCAGUGAAAAGUGAGGAGAAAGCUUCGGGAGCGGAGACAUGGAGGCUCAGCGCUGGAUGUGUUAGCCUCUCUGGUACCUCACGUCACUCCUUUUCUCCUUCCACCCCCCGUCCCCUCAGACCAGAGCGGCUCAGAGCGGCCUCCGCUGCCGGGGAGCUUUUUCAUGGUGUUCGGAAAACGUCGUAAAUCUGCGGAGCGCUCACACAUUCCGCAGACGGCUAGCAAGCUAGCUUAGCUCGGCUAGCAGGAGAGGACAAAAACAGGCGAGCGGAGUUUUGUGCCACAAGUGGCGCUGCGGCGUGAAGUGACUCGUAAUGUCGCCUCCCGGGAUUAACCUCACAUGCGGAUGAGAGAGACGUCGGCGACUGCGGGAAACCGAGAGCUACUGCGAGCCAGAGGACCACUGCUAUGUUGGGCUGGACCCGCGGCUCCGGCAGCCCGUCCGAGCCCCGAGCUUGGCCACACUCGGUGCUGUGGAGGCUGGGGGGCUUCUUCUUCCUGCUGCUGCUGGAGGGGGCCGGCUGCCUCGCCAACCCGAGCAGCACCUCAGGCAACAACAACAACAACCAGCAGCAGCAGCCCGGUGUCAAUAUAUACAUGAGUGUGGAGGAGGUGAAGAAGCUUCUGGGUUUAGAUGCAGAGCUUUACUAUGUGCGAGAUGAUGUGGUGAAUCACUAUGCACUCUCCUUCACUCUGCCUGUGCCCAGUGAGACCAACAGUCUUCACUUCACAUGGCAUUCCAAGACAAAAGUCGACUACCGGCUUGGCUUCCUCGUGGAGAACCCUGUUGCCAUGAACCAACCAAGAAGCAACAUCUCCAGUCAGGGGGAGGUUCCCCACGUUCCCUCUGUCUUUAGAGUGGACCUCUUUUGUUCCGGUGAGGUCGAUGGAGAGGCUGUUUUAACAGUGCAGCUCAAUCUGACCAUCCAUGCCAACAACUACACAGUGCUCAACUUCAAGAGGAGGAAAAUGUGCUAUAAGAGAAUCGAUUCCGACCCAAAGAUUCCCAGUCCCAUUCCCAUCAACAACAACACUCUUGAGCGGCCUGACUUAGAUGGUGUGACCCCCCCCACCAGCUCCACUCAGGUGUUCUAUAUAAGCGUAAGCGUCUGCUGCAUCGUCAUCUUCCUCGUGGCCAUCAUCCUGGCCAUCUUGCACCUGCACAGCAUGAAGAGAGUGGAGAUGGAGGACAGUGUAAGUGACAGUGGGAGCUCACAGGGUCUGUCUCAGCCAUCCACCCAGACCACACAGUACCUGAGGGCAGACACACCAAACAACGCAGCCCCUGUCACAAACAAUCACCCUGGUUCUGCACCCAUACUCCAGCUUGCUGCCUCCUCCUUCCAAAACCCUGGUGCUCCCCCUCAUGAAACCAAAAGGCUUUUUCUCUCCUGCCCUUUUCCCCAGAUCAAAACUUGUGGUUUUUGUUUGACAGGCACGUUUGGCCGCAUCUUCCACGGCGUGCUGCUGGACGAGAAGGACCCCAGUAAGGAGAAGCAGGUCUUUGUGAAGACAGUAAAAGAUCAUGCGUCUGAGGUGCAGGUGACCAUGAUGUUGACGGAAAGUUGCAAACUUCGUGGACUUCAUCACAGAAAUCUGUUACCCAUAAGUCAUGUGUGUACGGAGGAUGGAGAGAAGCCAAUGGUGCUGUUGCCUUUCAUGGCCUGGGGGAACCUCAAGCUAUUCCUGCGGCAGUGCAAGUUAGCCGAGGCUAACAACCCACAGGCAAUCUCUCAACAAGACCUAGUGUACAUGGCGAUCCAGAUUGCAUGUGGAAUGAGCUACCUGGCUCGCAGGGAGGUCAUACACAAAGACCUCGCCGCCAGGAACUGCGUCAUUGAUGACAACAUGCAGGUGAAGAUUACAGACAAUGCUCUUGCUCGGGACCUAUUUCCCAUGGAUUACCACUGUCUCGGAGACAAUGAGAACCGGCCCGUUCGCUGGAUGGCCCUGGAAAGCUUGCUCAACAAUGACUUCUCUAGUGCGAGUGAUGUGUGGGCCUUCGGAGUGACCCUGUGGGAACUGAUGACUCUGGGUCAGACCCCCUACGUGGACAUUGACCCUUUUGAGAUGUCGGCUUAUCUGAAGGAUGGGUACAGAAUAGCACAACCAAUCAACUGCCCAGAUGAACUGUUUGCAGUGAUGGCGUGUUGCUGGGCCCUGGACCCAGAGGAGAGGCCCAAGUUUCAGCAGCUGGUUCAGUGUCUCACAGAGUUCCAUGCAGCAUUGGGCGCUUACGUCUGAAAGCAAGCGUUUUUUUUCUUCUUCUUCAAGACAACGAGCAACAUUAAAGGCUGGUGGACACUAUUCAUGAGGAAUACACGGAGGAGAUUGUGCCUUAUCAGAUGAACGAGCAGCGUGCGUCCAUCCAACAAGUUUAUUUUGUACAGUCAUGGAGUUUUUAUAUAGUUGAAUUACCUUUUUACAGCAUAGCAAAGUAAAAGGAUUCUUUGUUGAAUAUUGUUUUAUAUGCUUUGAAAGCGUCUAGGAAUGGCAGUUAUGGGGCUCCGCCCUCGCCAAGAGAAACGAUGGAAAGAUGUUGUCAUCUAUAACGAACAUCAACACUUACGGACCUUUUUGUGCCAAUGGAACAUUUUUUUUAAAAAGAUGUCAAGAUCUUGACAAACAUGGUUUUAAAGACAGUAUUUUCUACAGUUUUGUUAUUAGUGUAAAUUGCAGAUGUUUGAAUGAGCGUGACUCUACAAAAGAACGAUCUUAGGUACCAAAGUAGAGUUUAAGGGCUUCAUUUGUGUAUGGAACUGUGUUGUCGAGCGUGCAAGCUUGGUACGAGAGGCCCCCUCAAUGGUACACUGUUUUCUCUGGAUGACACUGAGCACUGUGCCACAGGCAAGUUUUUCUGUCUCCUGAUGGACGAGCCGACACUCAGCAGAGACAACACUGUUUUUUACUCUGCAGCACGGGACAGAUGUGUGGACGCCACAGCUUCUACAAUAUCAGCGCCACAAAGCUACAUAUUCAUAUUUUUUUUUAGAACAACAUCCCGAGUGAACUUUGGACACCAUUAUUAUUAUUUGAAUGCCACCAUAUUCUUCCUCUUUUGUACAUUUUUAUUUCCACUAUCACAUCAUCCGAACAAAAUUAACCUAUCGUCAUUGUUUUAUAAGCUUGAUUGUUCUGCGUCAGAACACAGCCCUUCACAGGACUCUUCAAAUGAUGUUUGUGAGUAACUAGAAAACUAAUAAUCACUGUGAACACUCACAAAACUGCCUACCAGCUUGGUCUAAUCUUAUUUUACCACCUUUAACAUCUUUGUGAUGUGUCUUUAUGGUCACUGCAUGUUGAAUUAAGGUUGUAAACUGCUUCCCGAGUUCUUAUCCAAAAAUUAAAUGGGAUCUUUUAAAUAUAA